AUGCGGGCUCUGCGAGCGUGGGGUUCCCGGCCAUCCCGGCGCCGGUGGGGGCCCCAGAGGCACCGGCGACCCCGGCGCAGUCGUGGCGCGGGCGCGGCGGCCUUGGCCGCUCGGGUCCCGGCCAUCCCGGCGCGGGCGGGGGCCCCAGCUGCCCUUGCGACCUGGUCGCGGCCGCCGGUGCGGGCGUGGCUGCUGCGGCCACCCCGGAGCGGGCGGCGGGCGCAGGCAUGGCGGCUGCGGCCACCCCGGCGCGGGCGUGGGGCUCGAGAGCUGCAGUCCCGCCAAUCUGGUAAGCCGCCGCACACUCGGAGGGGAGUGAGGAUGCCUCGGCCGGAGUUCCAGGCAGCGCCGGAUGUGUUCUACAACGAGUCGGAGGUCCCCAAGUACACCACCUCCUCCCGUAUCAUCGAAAUCCAGUCUAGGAUUUCCGAGAGGGCGCUGGAGCUGCUCGCUCUUCCCAACGAUGGCGUCCCCAAGCUGCUUCUCGACAUAGGAUGUGGUUCUGGGCUUAGUGGUGAGACAUUGAUGGAGCAUGGCCACCACUGGAUUGGCUAUGAUAUUUCAAAGUCGAUGCUCGCACCAAUUAGAAAGGGAAGUGGGAGUUUAGAGGAGGGGAGCUUUCUAGAUAUCUUGCUCUGGUAUCUACAACGAAAUUAUUUAAGUGGUUCUUUUCCCCAAGCAUCAGUCAGUUCAUCACCAACAAAGCAGCCGACAGAGAAUGAACAAAUGGUCAAUGAGAUGCUUCAUGAGGAUGCCAGUGCUUUCGCUGGCAGGUCUGAUAGUGCUAGUACUGCUGAGGAGUUCCAGAAGAAAGUGAGAGAAACCAUGGAGAAAGCUUUUUGGGAUAUGGUCACCAACUCCAUGAGAGGAGAAAGACCUGAUUAUAGUCAACUGAUCAACCUAGUAAAGGAAGUGAGGGAUUCGUUGCAUGACCUGGCUCCAAAAGAAUGGAAGGAGAAAACUCUUGAGAACAUUGACCUUGAAAUUCUGUCUCAGGUACUUGGGUCAGGUUCCCAGGAUGCACAAUACUAG